AUGUGCCAAACUGGAAGCUUUAGAGGUCCUGCUACGACUACUACCACAAGCCGCACUGACGAGCAGCUGGGGCAACUGCGAGCAGGUUUCCGACCGGCAGACUUACCUAGAGCCCGGCGAUCCGUCGAGCGUAACCUCAAGCCAUACCUGGCGACCGAUGGAAAAGGCAGGAGGAGCCGGGGCCCCUUCGCAUGUCGGGCGGUAGGCAGCGGACAUGCAUGGCGUGAUGGUGUCUCCGAGAGUCGAUUCAUGAACGGGGAAGAACUCCUGGCCCUGAAGAGCUUCGCGAAGGAACCCAAUGUCGCGCAGAGGAAGAGGGGCAAGCGGGCGCCGAGGCACGACACCACAGGAGAGCACUUUCCUGAUGGCGCCCCGUGUGGCAGUCUUGCACUGGCAAAACAUGAAAUCGGGAAGUCACAGCCACACAAGGCCGCUUUUUUUUUUCAUCGAAGAUUGUCAGAGGCGGCACGAUGGUGGCAGACCGGAACGAACACCUGA